UAUCAAGAAACACCUCACGAUAUGAGACGAAGGGGUCCACGCAGUAAUGCCAUUUAGAGGCUUUCAUGCCCAAAUGUGUAUCCGUACCUAAGGUAUGGACACUCCGCCUCGAACGAGAGGAUAUCUGCGUACCUCCCCUGCUACCCUGCCACACUGCACCGAACUGCGAAGGACUACUACGUAAGGAGGCAGUGACACCCAGUACCUAUUCAAAAACUAGGUAUCCGUAUCCGUACACACCUGGGAUGGCAGCCAUUGUGCGGAUGAACCGACGAAUGAACGGCCUGCCCCGUGCUUUGGCGAUGCUGACUGCCCCCAUUCCCUCCCGAUACACCGAUAGAUGGAAGAGGCAGGCGUCACAAGAGUGUGUCCCUACCCAAGGUAUGUUGGUGCCUAGGAGCCGAGACAAAGCAGUCCAUCGAGUCUGGGCUCAUGUGGACACGGAGACUAGGCAGGUUAAAGCAGAGAGCUGGCGAUAUCGUCUCGACCCUGUGGCGUUGGCGCCCACCUAUCCAGACCGUUUUUCUCCCCAUCUCAAACUACCCACGUUAGCGAUCCCCCUCGACGCCGCUCCUACAUCACAGCCUUUCCAUUCACAGCAAUUUCAUGAGGUAAGGUGGGCCAUCCAUCCCCUCCACUUCGCUCGACCCUCGCACUAUGGCCAAUCCAACCACUGGCUCCCCUUUCUAACAUGUAAGCCAGAAAAAGCAUAAAUGACCAUCGAGUCUUACUCUCCCGCCACCAACAUCUCUUAAACCAGUUGGCUCCCCCCUCCUAUUGCUCGCCACUGUUUGGU